AUGCGUGAAGAACUCAUCACAUCUGCCAUCUCAUUCUUGUCCGAUCCAAAGGUGCAAUCGGCUCCAUUAGCAAAGAAGGUAUCCUUCUUGGAAUCCAAAGGUAUGACUUCUGAGGAAAUCGAAGAGGCAAUGGCACGUGCAAAUGGUAAGGCUGCCACUGUUUCCACUACAACCACAACCUCUAGUGUGCCCCAAGGUGCCAUGGUUCAACAGCCUGGUAUGAUGAUGCAACAUGCGCCCCCACCUCUUCCUCCUAGACCUGCUUACGAUUGGCGAGACAUCUUUAUUGCUGCUGUAUUGGCUGGUGGUGUUGGCUACGGUGUUUGGACAUUGGCAAAGCGUCUCUUUGGCCCUUGGUUCCAAGUGCCCACACAGAAAGAACUGGAGGAAGACAAGGAGAAAUUAGAUGCUCAAUUCCAAGCAGUGGAGGAUUCAUUAAAGGAAAUCAAGGAUCAAACCAACACUGCACUCACGACCGUGACAUCUCAAACCAAAAAGGUGGAUGAUUCCAUUACCAACUUGGAGACUGUUCUCAAGGAAUUGAAGGAAGGCGAUGCACAAAGAGAUCAAGAGUUCAAGAAUGUCAAGGGCGAUAUAGACGCUUUGAAAGAAUUGGUGCCCAAGACUCUGGAACGUAACAAAGAAGCACAGAAUGCAGUUCUAGUCGAUCUCCAAAACGAAAUGAAGUCUCUUAAAUCGCUCUUGGUGAGUCGUCGUGCUACUUCCAAUGUUGUGGAUCAAGUUACCAGUGCACCCGCUACUCCUGCUGCCACCACUGCGCCUGCUGCUCCCACUACACCUUCUGCUGUCGCUUCUCCCACAGAUGGUUUGUCUUCUCGUCUGUCAGCCACCAUCAACGGAAGCGGUGCUCGUGCAGGAAUCCCUGCUUGGCAAAUGGCUGCUGCUCAAGCUUCAGCAAAUAAUACCACAUCUUCUUCAUCUACGAAUGCUAAUGCUGAACCUUCUGCCUCGACUGAUGCUGCUGCCAACUAA